AUGCCUUACCAAAGAGAUGCCAUCCACGCUCCUUCGGCCCCAAAGCCCAACGGCAAUUACUCUCAUGUAGUCCGUCAAGGCAGCACCCUACACGUCGCCGGCUGGAUGGGCGACGACCCCUUGACCUCUCUCAUCGUCCCCGGCGGCAUAACACCCCAAACCCACCAAGCAAUCGCCAACAUAUCCGCCUGUCUCUCAGCCGCUGGAUCCUCACUUUCAAAAGUGGUAAGGCGAAGAAUAUACAUUAUGGAUAUGAAGGAUUUUAGAGAGGUGGACAGGAUAUGGGCAGAGUAUUUUGAAGAGCCGUUUCCAGUGAGUACGUGUGUGCAGGUUGCUGGGUUGGCCAAGGAAGGGGCGUUGGUGGAGUUGGAGGUUGUUGCUGAGGCUUGA